AGUUGUCUGCCCAUCUUCACUAGAUUCACCCUUAACUUUUCUGUCUUCUUCUCUCCAAAGGCCUUACAGUGUAGACAGGAAUCUCUUGCACAUACAGACAGUACAGAUAGAUCACUCUCUGCUGUCCAUUUGACCAAGAAAGUCACCUCUCUCUCUCUCUCUCUCUCUUUAUAUAUAACAGAGACUCAAAAUAUCAAAGCAUAACAUGCAGAUUUUUCAUUGGCUUUUUAAGAAAGCACAAGAACAAGAAAGGGAGAAUACCUCCACCACCUCUGCUAAGAACAAUAUUAAUGAUCAAGAAAAAGAUAUAAAUCCCUUUAGGAAUCGAAGGAGUAAUCAAAGAUCAGAAAGAGGAAAAGAAAGAAAAAUUAGAUUCAGAAGAUUUGCAUUUUUAUGCACAAAAGAAGUUGCAACUGCUUUCUUUUAUAGCACAAUCAAUUUGAGAAGACUUACUAGCAUUAACAGGAGGGGACAGCAGAAUUGGAUCUACUCUAUGAAGAAGAUGAAGAAAGAAGACAUUAAUAAAGGACAAAGCAUAAAUAAUAUGAACAAGGUGGAUUCAGCAAACAAUGUAGUAGGCAAUAAAGUUCUACCAAUUACUGAUACAACACUAUCUUGUUCCUCAUCAAUUAGCCCCUCAAAUGGUCAAUGUGAUUCAUUGGAGAAGAAAAAUAUGCUUAAAGGGGAUAAAACUAAAGCCAUGUCAAGAAUGAAGGAGCUACUGAGAUGGGCUGCAGCUGCAAAAUCUGAUAAGAAAGGAAACUUUAUAGGAAGAAAGGUUCUACACUUGAGAAAUAGAGGAACCCUAAAAGCAGUACCAGAUGAUGAUCAACUAAGCAAUGAGUCUCCCAAGAUCAGUUUCAGAUGGGAUGGUGAAAGCUGCUCUCCCACUUCCUCUGUGUACUCAGCCAUUUCAAUGGCUUCCUCUACCCGAAAUAUGGUUUCUCUCAAUUCCUCUCCUUUACAUGACAGGAAAGGAAAUUGGAUCACCACUGACUCUGAAUUUGUGGUGCUAGAGUUAUGAAGAAAUCAAGAAGAUGAUUUUUCAUGGUUGAAUGUUCAAGAGGCUUGGAAUGCUUCUGAAGCAAUGUAUGUUUAUGUACUAGGAUUUUCAUUUUUUGUUCUUUUAAAUGUUAAUUAAUUAGAGAAAUUAAUUGUAACAUCAGCAGUAAGGAUCUGAGAAUAUAAGAACAUCAAUGAAGAUAGCCUACAUAUGUAUAUUUGAAUAUAUUUGUGGUAAUUGACCUAAUCAAGUCUUGAUUUGUA